AUGGGGUUGGGCAAGAAGUCCAUUCGCAUUAAUGGUGCCGACUGCGGCAUCGAGUCGCUUUUGCUUGGUGUUAUCACCAGCAUAGGAGGCUUCCUGUUCGGUUAUGACACCGGUCAAAUUUCAUCUAUGCUUCUGUUCACGGACUUCAAGAGACGCUUCGCAACCGGUGCACCAGACGCCGACGGUAUUCCACAAUGGGUUCCCAUCACCCAGUCCUUAAUGGUGUCGCUCAUGAGUAUCGGUACUCUCAUCGGUGCGCUCUCAGGUGCCUACACAGCCGACUGGUGGGGCCGGCGAAGGAGCUUGAGUUUUGGUGUCAGUAUCUUCAUCGUUGGAAACAUUAUCCAGAUCACAGCCAUGAACUCGUGGGUUCACAUGAUGAUGGGUCGCUUCAUCGCUGGUCUGGGAGUCGGCAACUUGUCUAUCGGUGUGCCCAUGUUCCAGUCAGAGUGCUCUCCCCGCGAGAUUCGUGGUGCUGUUGUCGCAUCCUACCAGCUUCUCAUCACCUUCGGCAUCCUCAUUUCCAACUUGAUCAACUUCGGCGUUCGCAACAUCCAGGAGUCCGAUGCUUCAUGGCGCAUCGUUAUCGGCCUUGGUAUUGGCUUCUCCCUGCCAUUGGGCUUGGGAAUCCUCGCCGUUCCCGAAUCUCCUCGAUGGCUCGCAGGUCGUCAGGAUUGGGAAGGCGCUCGCAUGUCCAUGGCGCGCCUCCGUGGUCUUAAGGACGAUCCGCACAACGAGACCGUCGAGAAGGAUCUCCAGGAAAUGUUCAAGGUCAUUGAGGAGGAGUCCAAGACGGGCUACGGUACUUGGCUUGAGUGCUUCACUGGAUCCUCUGGAAUCCCGAAGACCGUCUACAGAACGAUCCUGGGUAUCUGCAUUCAUUUCCUGCAGCAGUGGACCGGUAUCAACUACUUCUUCUAUUACGGAGCACAAAUUUUCGAGUCGGCUGGUAUUGACGAUCCGAUCAUGGUUCAGCUUAUUCUUGGUGCCGUCAACGUCGUGUGCACUUUCUAUGGUCUCUAUGCUGUUGAGAGAUACGGUAGACGCUGGCCCAUGUUUAUUGGUGCUCUGUGGCAGUUUGCCUGGCUCACAAUCUUCGCCUCUGUCGGCACUGCCCUUCCUCCCGAAACCAGCGCAACCAGUGGCAUCGUGAUGAUCGUCUCGGCCUGCAUGUUCAUUGCUUCCUUUGCUAGCACCUGGGGACCUAUGGCGUGGUGCGUCAUUGGAGAGACAUUCCCUCUCCGAACUAGAGCCAAGCAGGCAUCUCUUGCUACCGCCGGUAACUGGUUGGGCAACUUCCUCAUCUCGUUCCUGACACCAUUCGCGACCAACGGUAUUUCUUUCGCAUACGGUUUCGUUUUUGCUGGUUGCAACUUAGCCGCCGCUUUCCUCGUAUGGUUCUUCCUCUACGAGACGAAAAUGCUGUCCCUCGAGAACGUCGACAGAAUGUACAGCGACCCAAGCGUCAAGCCCUACUCUUCCACCAAGUGGGUGCCUCCAGGCUACAUCACUCGCAAGGAUAAAGACGAGUCCGCGUUCCAACGAGCAUCGGUCCACACCGACAACAGCAACCCGACUGAGAAGGCAAGCGAUGAGAGACCUUUCUCCGAACAUCACACCAAGCAAGAAACUACAUCCAACGCCGUUUAG